AUGGUUUGUUCAGCUGGGCGUAACCCAAUGCAGACCGAGCGCAUGCGUAUUGCACACGAUUUGUGGGAAUGUGGGAUCAAAGCAAACAUCUGUUAUGAUUCAAAAGACAUGGUAUCUCUGGAGGAGCAACAAGAGUUUUGUAAACAAAACGGAAUUCAACAUAUAGUGGUGUUGAAAGAACAGGAUGCUGGACAUGUGAGAGUGAGUGAAUUGAAAAAAAUUGUCGCAUUUCGUUUUCAUAUAUAGUUUGUCAAUAAGCUUGUCCUUCCAUCCAUAUUCUGUUGUUAAUGUUUAAAAAAUUGCCUGUAGUCACUGUUAAGUCAUUUAUCUCGCAGGUUCGAUCUUUUGACAAAGGAAAGUUCACCGAGUCUCGCGUACAGAGAGCUGAACUUGUGGCCCAUCUUCAAGCGAAGUUCUCUACAAGGCCUGAACCGACUGAGUCCUCCGCGCCGUUGGGUAAUAAAGGGGCCAACACGCAGAGCGGUAACGAGACGAGUUCCACAGUUGUUGCAGAAAUGAAGGUCUCAUUUAACACCCAGGAGAAGUGGGCUUGGAACACAAAGCGGAGAUACGAAAGCUUGAUGAUGUUCAAGAUUAAACCUCUUCUGACUCACAUCAGUUCUAAGAAUGCCGUGGAAGUUAUUGCGGUGAGUCUGGGGAGUAUGUCGUUUUAAGUGUUGAUUUGAUGUUUGACUUUAAAUUGUACUUUUACGUUGGAUUUACGGUUGGGAACGGUACUUCUGUUAUAUGCUGUGCUGUGCGACGUGUAGUUUCCAUCGCAGCCAAUGUUUUGGAUGUCACGCAACCCUCUUUCAGAGCGAGCAUUGCGUAACAUCCCAUAGAUGAACUGUUUUAAGAAGGUAAGUUUAUAGAGAAACUGCGGUGCUGCGUCGGUGCGAGGGGUUUGGGGGGUUGUGGGGGUUAUUACAACAUGAUUUGGAUUUAUCAACUGAGUUGAGUAAUGAAGAGUUUCUAAAGCUGAUGAAACUCUCAGAGACUCUUCACGGUGACUAAUUUACUCUAUCAACUCAUUUGAUAAAACCAUAUUAUAUUUUCUUGUUGUUGUUGUUGUUGUUGUUCUUAAACUCUGAUUGGUCGAGUAUCACGUUACAUUUCGCUAUAAUCACCUUGCUAGAGGUGAUUACAACAGGAGCACCAAAUUUGAAAAUGUUUUGACAUUUUGUCAAUAUAAAGGUAGACGUCGUUUUAGAAAAUUCAACUCUGAAGAGCUCAAAAGAUGCUACUAAAAACGCCACGCAAUGAUACGUGGUUACUUUCCCUCAUCUGUCUCCUCUUCUCUCAGGUUGACCUGCCUGGUGUUGCUUUGCGCGACAUGUCCGUAAUGCUUGAUCUGGAUGCAAGUCAGGACGCAUUUGAUGCUAGCGUUGCGACCAUUGCGGAUAAAACCCCGCGUUACAAGAAAUACCUUGGGCGCGUUUGCAACGACAUUCGGGACCUUAAAGUAUCCAAGAAAGAACCAGUAGUGCUCGUCUAUAGUGUAAAAGAUGAAGUGGUCGAAAUAUUUUUCUAG